AUGACGACGACGAGCUCCGCUGCCGGCUCGGUGGAGCUGUACAUGGUUUUGUCCAACAAGAGUGGCCGCCAGAAUCUGGGCACGUAUCUGCGCACUGCGUCCGCCUUCGGGACGACUCAAGUUUUAGUCGGUGAUGGGCUCCGAGCGCUUCGGUACUCAUGGAGCACACCGAGCGCAGAAGUACGUGGAUGUUGUGCAUUCUACGACUUCACAGAGGCUCGCGGGUACCUGAAGACUAAAGGCUGCACUAUCUUCGGACUGACGGCGCACGCCACACCCUACGAAGGAACCAGCGCAUUCGUCAUCGACAACGAGUUCCCUGGCCUGUCGGAAGAGCAGCGUGCUAUCUGCGACCACUUCGUCCACGUGCCUUUCCACGGCGAGCAGACCGAAGCUUCCAGUCACCUCACACUGGACACCACAGUGGUCACAGCAAUCACACUGCACCACUUCACUGCGUUCGCGCAGUUCCCUAUGCGUGCAAUCGAGGCCACUAACACUCAAGGUAAAUUCGUACUAGACGCAUAUCCAACGUUCGACCCAGCGCACAACGAGCGCGGCCAAGAGAAGGCAGCAAUGCGCGAAGCCAAACGCGCCAACGCUGACGACGGACUCGCAGAAGGAGACGGACUUGGCAACAUGUUUGGGUGA